AUGGCACAGACCACUCCUCAGGUUGCUCUAUGGAGCGACAUGUAUUACGAAGGAGACAGUGUUCAAGUCCCUACAGACAAUGACUAUCAUGCUCUCAGCGAAUUCCAGCCCGACUUGUGGCAGUGCCUUGGUAUCAUUGACGACGCUGAUACAAAGAAAAUUGGCUCUCCUGGGAUGAGUAGUCUUUACAACAUUGAUUUCAAUGACAAGUUGGUGAAUAUCGCUUGUCUCACGCCUGCGCAGAACUCGUACUAA